AUUGCAAAAUAAAAAAAAGUUCACUGUUCGUCGGUCGAUUCUCGGGCGAUCCUUGAAAACAAUAUUAUCAACCGCGGUUGUUGGUCUUCUUGCUAAAAAACAAUCUGAUUCGGCGCGAACAUGGGCCACGGGCAUGGUCACGGGCCACCGUACAAGGUGCCGGAUGCAUCGAUCUACAAGGUGGCUGAUGCGCCGCAACUGGAGGAAGUAGAGCGUGCCCUGGCGCGCCGCGGCCUGAAAGACCCGUGGCUAAGGAACGAAGUGUGGCGCUACAAUGUGGCCCAGUUCUCCACCCAUCGUGCGAGGCUCGUAACGUUCCUGUUCAAGGGAUUCCCGCUCGGUUUUGCUGCCUUCGUUGCCACGCUCGGUGUAGAGUAUGCACUCGGCGUGGACUACCACGGACACGGACACGGUCACGGCAACGGGCAUGGCGAUGAAAAGAGCCACCACUAACGUAGUAGGACCCCAAGGAAGAAGUGCCGCGCGAGUCGUGUGGUUGUUGCUAAUCAUGCAUUAGAUUUUAUUUCCGAUCGAGAACGCUUCAAAUAAUAAAUCUGUUCGCUCUGUAGCAGACCGCA